AUGCGCGCGCACGCAUAGAACCUCCUACGCGUCCAUUCGGGGGCAACCGUAAAAGCGACCCCCACCUCCCGAUCCCGAGGGUUUUAUUCUCGCUUGCGCUCUCCGAGAUCCUCCCCCACUUCCUCCUCCUCCUCCUCUUCCUCUUCCUCUUCCUCUCGAUCCCCCUCCGCUUCCUCCGCCGCCAUGGCUUCGCAAGAUGAGAACAAAAGCUCCAAAAAUGAGGCAUCGUCAACACAAGAUCAAUCUGGGAGUCGUAGGACUGCAUCAUCACCGAGCACUGGGUUUCCUGCAAAUCCUUUUGAUUUUUCAGCAAUGCAGGGGUUGCUUAAUGACCCAACUAUAAAAGAGAUGGCGGAACAGAUAGCGAGCGAUCCUGUGUUCACCCAGAUGGCUGAGCAGCUUCAGAAAAGUGUUCAAGGUGCAGGGCAAGAGGGUGUACCCCAGUUGAACCAUCAGGAAUAUAUGUCAACCAUGCAACAGGUCAUGCAGAAUCCCCAAUUCAUAACAAUGGCCGAGCGCCUUGGGACUGCUUUGAUGCAGGAUCCUACUAUGUCUAGCAUGCUUGAGAACUUAAGCAACCCAUCUCAUAGAGAGCAGCUUGAGGAAAGAAUGGCGCGCAUCAAAGAAGAUCCAUCGUUGAAGCCAAUUCUUGAUGAAAUAGAGAGUGGUGGUCCAGCUGCUAUGAUGAAGUACUGGAAUGACCCUGAAGUUCUACAAAAGAUGGGGCAGGCAAUGGGAGUUGGUUCCUUAGGUGAGGCUGCAACUUCUGCAGAAAUUUCUGGGCCUGAAGAAGCAGAAGACGAAGCUGCAUAUGAAGAGGAAUCUAUAGUCCAUCACACUGCUAGUAUUGGUGAUGCUGAGGGUUUGAAAAAAGCUUUGGAUGCUGGAGCAGACAAGGAUGAAGAAGACUCUGAGGGGCGAAGAGCUUUACACUUUGCUUGUGGUUAUGGUGAGGUAAAGUGUGCUCAAAUUCUUCUCGAAGCAGGGGCCGCAGUGGAUGCAUUGGACAAGAACAAGAACACAGCACUGCAUUAUGCUGCAGGUUAUGGGCGGAAGGAUUGCGUCGCACUUCUGUUAGAGCAUGGCGCUGCUGUAACUCUCCAAAAUUUGGACGGGAAGACGCCUAUCGAUGUCGCCAAGCUCAACAACCAAGAGGAAGUACUCAAAUUGCUCGAGAAGGACGCUUUCUUAUAAAUUAUUAUUGCUAUGUUUUCUUGAUAAAGGGCAUACUAUGUCAAUUUCAUAUGCAACUUAAAAGUUUAUGUUUGCAAUUGAUCUCUACUUUCUUUGGAGUUUUUUUUUUUUUUUUUUUUCUUUCAUUGAACUGUUAUUUCUGCACACUGGUUGUAGAAAGUGUCAUUUUAAAGUGAACCAUCUCAGUUGCUUGUAUUUCUUGUUACUUGUUGCUACAAUUUUACGUUGUAUAUCAUUUUCUGCAGUGAAACGAGUCAACAGUGAAUAAGCUUGAAGGGCAA